GGUCGGUUUCAGGAUAGAGGGGCAGCUCGAAGAAGCACACAGGAAUCGGCUGGCUCUGUAGGAAAGACAUUUAGCGAGAAAAUAUACUGAAAAUCAAACGAACAAUGAAACCGAUCGAAUAAGGCUUGUGAAAGAACAGCGGCCGGAUAUAUUUCACUCAUUGCCACGUUAACAAAGCUCUUUGAUUACCAUUAUCAUUGAGCAGGCAGGACACGUCAGGCGAAGGGAGAAAAAAGCUGACCAACUGCACUGUAGCCAGCUCUCAAAUCGCCUCUGUAAAAGCUUUGUCUGACGCACUCCUCUUUUCAAGGACACCUUGCUUUCAUACCGUGGAAAGGAUCUCGACAAAGACAUCGCCGAGGUCGAAGGUGGGGAUCAGAAGGACCAAACGAUCACGGGAUAGCAUUUGUGUGUGGGGGCAGAAAACAAAUGGGGGAUUACGGGUUUGGAGUCCUAGUUCAAAACAACACUGGCAACAAGUCUGCAUUCCCGGUCCGAAUCCACCCGCAUCUGCAGCCCCCACACCACCACCAAAAUGUGUCGCAGAGCCCUGCCGCUUUCAUAAACAGCACCACAGCCGCAGGGAAUGGCACCACGGGAGGCUCUCCCUGGCUCUUCCCUGCCUCUGCCACCCACAACAGUGUGCAAGACGAAAUCCUGGGGGGGCCAGAGAAGCCCAAAGCACAGCAGCAACAGGAAAUGCAAGAAACGCAAGAAAAGCAGCAGCAGUUGUCCCCUGGGAGUCACCAGGAGAGUGGGAAUGGUGGUGGGAUCAUUUCAGAACUGGAAAAAGUCCGGUCAGAUGAAGCCAAGACAGACAACGGCACGUCUGAAGGAAGUAACGGAAAAGAGAAGCAGUUACGUCUUGAGUCUCCUGUCUUGACAGGCUUUGAUUACCAGGAGACGUCUGGUCUUGGGGGAACUGGCCAGGUCCAAUCCAGUACAACCUCGUCAUCGCUUACUGGCUUCAACAACUGGUCAGCUGCCAUUCCGCCAGCGCCAUCAACCAUCAUCAAUGAGGACGUCAGCUUCUUCAACGCGGCCUCAGCCAACAAUGGGCCCCUGCUGUUCCAGAACUUCUCACACCAUGUCAGUCCAGGGUUUGGCGGGAACUUCUCCCCCCAGAUUGGACCAGCGGCAGCCUUGUCCCAGCACCACCCGGCUCCCCCACCACACCCCCACUUCCAACAUCCCCACAACCAGCACCAGCAGCAUCGGCGCUCCCCGGCCUCACCACACCCUCCACCGCCCUUUCCGCACAGGAAUCCGGCUUUCAGUCAGUUGCCGCAUUUGUCCAACAGCCUGAACAAACCCCCGUCCCCUUGGGGUCCAGCCAGCUACCAGAGCCCCUCUCCCUCCCCUGGCUCCUCCACCUCCUGGAGUCCCGGAGGAGGCUAUGGUAGUGGUGGCGGUGGCUGGGGUGGGUCUCAGGGCAGAGAUUAUCGCCGAGGGCUGAAUGGCGGUAUGACCCCCAUCAACUCUAUCUCCCCACUGAAGAAGACCUUCCCUAACAACCAUGUGGCAUCCCAGAAGUACCCUCGAAACAGUCCCGCAGGCUUCAACCCCAAGUCCUGGAUGGAUGAUGGAGUUGGACGCAGUGAUAACAUCUUCCCCUUUCAGGAACGCACCAGGUCAUUUGACAGCUUCAACAUGAACACACUGGAGAGCUCCCUGAUCGACAUCAUGAGGGCCGAGCAGGACACCCUGAAAGGUCGUCUGGGGUUCCCCCAUCCAGGAGCAGACAACCCUCUCCCCCUCAAUGGCCACUCCUCUCUCUUUCCCAUGGAGGAUGGUUUCCCUGACGAUGAGCGCGGCGAUCAGGGUCUUGCAGGCCUGGGCUCUCCACACUGCUUUCCACACCAGAAUGGAGAGCGGGUCGAACGCUACUCACGUAAGGUCUUUGUGGGAGGACUGCCCCCGGACAUAGAUGAAGAUGAGAUAACAGCCAGUUUCCGGCGUUUUGGACACUUGUUUGUGGACUGGCCUCACAAAGCAGAGAGCAAAUCCUAUUUUCCACCCAAAGGCUAUGCCUUCCUGCUGUUUCAAGAUGAGAGCUCAGUGCAGGCUUUGAUCGAUGCCUGCAUCGAAGAGGACGGCAAGCUGUACCUCUGUGUGUCCAGCCCCACCAUCAAAGACAAGCCGGUUCAGAUCCGGCCCUGGAACUUGAAUGACAGCGAUUUUGUGAUGGAUGGAUCUCAGCCUCUGGACCCGAGGAAAACCAUCUUUGUGGGAGGUGUCCCUCGUCCGCUCCGUGCAGUGGAGCUGGCCAUGAUCAUGGAUCGCCUGUAUGGCGGAGUUUGCUACGCUGGCAUCGACACAGACCCUGAGCUGAAGUACCCCAAGGGAGCAGGGCGGGUCGCCUUCUCUAAUCAGCAGAGCUACAUUGCUGCUAUCAGUGCUCGCUUUGUACAGCUGCAGCAUGGAGAAAUCGAUAAACGGGUGGAAGUGAAGCCAUACGUGCUGGAUGACCAGCUGUGCGAUGAGUGCCAGGGAACUCGCUGCGGCGGGAAGUUUGCACCAUUCUUUUGCGCCAACGUCACCUGUCUGCAGUACUACUGCGAGUACUGCUGGGCGGCAAUCCACUCACGCGCCGGACGAGAGUUUCACAAACCCCUGGUGAAGGAAGGAGGGGACCGACCCCGUCACAUCUCCUUCCGCUGGAACUGAGCGGACGGCAGAGAGGGAGAGGCAACAGGGGAACAGGAGGCCAGACCUCUGCAGGAUGCACACGAAAGAGAGAUAAGACGAGAAACAAGACAGAAACUUAACUUUUAAAUCGAUUUGGCAGUGCAGGACUUUGAGCAUCCUUAUAGAACACUGUUUUAAAAGACUUGAGAACUCAUCCCCGCAGUCUGUCGAGGUGAUCUUAUAUAGACCUAUCUGGAGGAAGGGGAGCUUAAAGACUUGAAUGUGGUAAAUGUUGCAAGUUAACUUCAAGUUGUUAUGUGCAAUACUUCUUUUGAACCUUUUUCCAGAUAAAGACUCUUUGCAAUGUAAUUCUUUAAUGCCAUUUUUAAUUGCAGACAUUUAAUUAAAGAAGAUGUUAAUAUGUUUUUCACAGUCAUUUUCUACUGUUAUUGUAAUCCUUUUCAUGCUGGUGUUUGUAAAAAAGAAAAGAAAUCAAACUAUUUGUACUAAUAUAAAUAAUUGAAGUUAUUUUUAAAACAUUAAAGGUUUUGUGCUCAUUUGCUCAUUUUUUUGUUUAUUUUAAGCUACUGUGAUUGAUUGCAUUGUAAUUAUUAGGUCAACAAUGUAUUUAGCUGUUUAUUGGUAUAUUUUUAAUUGGAAUGUAUAAUUGAUUUUUAUAAUUUUGAUCAGAUUUUUGUUAUAUUUUUGAGGUGAAGCUUUUAAUAUGUUAAAGUGUCUAGUUUUUACUAAUUGCUAUAUUGUGCUCCACAAUAUAUGGUUCACAUUUUCUGAAGGAAAAUAAAUAUUUAAAUAUUUGUCUGUUAACGAUGUUACUUAAUGGCAAGAUUUCAAUAGUUUUUAACUGUGUAUGGGAAGGUUGAUGUAUUUAUUAAUAGCAUUUUUUACUUAAGAUAUCACCUUAAUUUUUAUUGUCAUUUCACUUUAUAAGUUCCUAUUUUUGUAUUUUCCUUUCUAAUUAAGUUAUGUAAUACGGAUAUGUCCAUAUUUCUAGGAGUUGGUCUGUAGAAGUGCUAGUGAAACGAAAAAGACAAAUCUAAUGUUAUUUAAUUGUUUGCAGCCAACUAUUUAUAACAGUAUGCAUAAUUUUUAAAUAUUUGUAAUGUGAAAUGUUGAAUGAAAUAAAUCUUAACUGUGAUGAA